GCAGAGGCAGCAGCGAUGGGCGCUGGCGGCCCGCGGCGGGGCGAGGGACCCCCAGACGGGGGCUGGGGCUGGGCCGUGCUGGGCGCCUGCUUCGUGGUCACCGGGUUCGCCUACGGCUUCCCCAAGGCCGUGAGCGUCUUCUUCCGCGCGCUGAUGCGCGACUUCGGCGCGGGCUACAGCGACACGGCCUGGGUGUCCUCCAUCAUGCUCGCCAUGCUCUACGGCACGGGUCCAGUCUCCAGCAUCCUCGUGACCCGCUUCGGCUGUCGCCCGGUGAUGCUGGUGGGGGGGCUGCUGGCCUCGGCGGGCAUGGUCCUGGCAUCCUUCGCCACGCGCCUCCUGGAGCUGUACCUGACGGCCGGGGUGCUCACAGGCCUGGGCCUGGCCCUCAACUUCCAGCCGUCGCUCAUCAUGCUGGGGCUGUACUUCGAGCGGCGGCGGCCCCUGGCCAACGGGCUGGCGGCGGCGGGCAGCCCCGUGUUCCUGUCGGCGCUGUCGCCGCUGGGCCAGCAGCUGCUCGAGCACUUCGGCUGGCGCGGCGGCUUCCUGCUGCUCGGCGGCCUCCUGCUGCACUGCUGCGCGUGCGGCGCCGUCAUGCGCCCUCCGCCCGGGCCCGGCCCGCGGCCUCGCCGGGACAGCGCGGACGACCCUCCCGCCGACGCCGACGCCGAGGCCGGGGCCGGGGCCGGGGCCGGGGCCGACGCCGAGCGCCCCGGGCUGCGCCUGCGCGAGGCGCCCCCUGGCGGGCGGCCCCGGCGGCGGCUGCUGGACGUGGCGGUGUGCGCCGACCGCGCCUUCGCGGUGUACGCGGUCACCAAGUUCCUGAUGGCGCUCGGGCUCUUCGUGCCCGCCAUCCUGCUGGUGAACUACGCCAAGGACGCGGGCGUGCCGGACGCCGACGCCGCCUUCCUGCUGUCCGUCGUGGGCUUCGUGGACAUCGUGGCGCGGCCGGCCUGCGGCGCCCUGGCGGGCCUGGCGCGCCUCCGCCCGCACGUCGCCUACCUCUUCAGCCUGGCCCUGGUGGCCAACGGGCUCACGGACCUGAGCAGCGCGCGCGCGCGCUCCUACGGCGCCCUCGUGGCCUUCUGCGUCGCCUUCGGCCUCUCGUACGGCAUGGUGGGGGCGCUGCAGUUCGAGGUGCUCAUGGCGGCCGUGGGCUCGCUCCGCUUCCCCAGCGCGCUGGGCCUGGUGCUGCUCGUCGAGGCCGUGGCCGUGCUCAUCGGACCGCCGUCUGCCGGCCGCCUGGUGGAUGCCCUGAAGAACUACGAGAUCAUCUUCUACCUGGCUGGCUCUGAGGUGGCCCUGGCUGGGAUCUUCAUGGCUGUCGCCACCAAGUGUUGCCUGCGCCGCUCUCGGGACACCCUGCCCGGCCAGGUGGCCGAGGGCGGGGCCAGCGACACCGAGGACGCGGAGGCCGAGGUGGACUCUGAGGCCCUGCCCACCGGUGCUGAGGAGCCGGGCAGCCGCGAGCCCCUGGAGGUGCCAAGCCCCGGGGCCAGGCCCGCAGAAGCAGAGGUGGAGGCAGGGCCAGGGCGGGACACCAAGUCUGUAUAGCCCAGGGCACCAGGCCAGGUGGGCUUACCCUGGCUGUCCCAAGAGGGCCUGGCACACCGGAGGCUGCUUUACAGGGCCCACCCCUGGGGUCUGGCAGGAGCUCCCGCCCUCACCUGCCCUGUGGCCAUGGCCAGGCCCUGCCCUGGCUUGGUGAUGCUGCUGUGCACGGACAAGGGCUUGGCCUGUGUGACACUGAAGUUCAUAAAGCUCGGCGGCAAGACA